GGCACCUACGGAUAACGGAGACGCUGUCGCAGCUCGUCCCAGGUCCCUCUGUCUCCACUGCUGUUCGGAUCAAGGACGGAGCGUCUGUCCUGCCGAUAGCACGGGGCUGCCGUUGUGGAUUCCUCCUCUCUCUGACUGCCUGGGUUUUGAACUUUUCUUGCUCCUUGCAAACUCGUGACGCCGUCUCCUUCAUCUUGCCCCUCCGUCCCCGAGACCGAGAAUGGCAGAGAAGCGGCGCUCCCCGUGUGCGCUCAGUGUCAAGGCGCACGCAUUCUCCGUGGAAGCGUUAAUCGGAGCGGAAAAGCGACGCAGGACGGCCGAGGAGGAUGCAGUGUCUCCAGGCUACGAGGACGGUACGGAUGUGUCUGAUCUAACUGGGAGCCCGGGACUGAGGGCCGACAGAGCGUGCACCAGCGACCGGGGCAGUGAGGCUGAAUGUGCAAGUGACGGAUCCCCUGAGAGCGAGGACGCACUGCUGGAGAGCCCGCAGCCCACAGCUCUGUGCACGGCGCCGGUAACCGGCAAUGGAGAGGAGACCCGCGUGGACCUGCAAGGAUCAGACCUGUGGAAACGGUUCCACGAGAUUGGCACGGAGAUGAUUAUCACCAAGGCCGGACGGCGGAUGUUCCCCGCUAUGCGUGUGAAGAUUACGGGCUUGGACCCACAUCAGCAGUAUUACAUUGCCAUGGACAUAAUCCCCGUGGACAACAAACGAUAUAGGUACGUGUAUCACAGCUCCAAGUGGAUGGUAGCGGGGAAUGCGGACUCCCCUGUGCCUCCCAGAGUGUACAUCCACCCGGACUCCCCGGCCUCAGGGGAGACGUGGAUGCGUCAGGUCGUCAGCUUCGACAAACUCAAACUGACCAACAACGAGCUGGACGACCAGGGACAUAUCAUUCUGCACUCUAUGCACAAGUACCAGCCACGGGUCCAUGUAAUCCGUAAGGAGUGUGGAGAGGAGCUGUCCCCAGUGAAAGCCAUUCCUGCCGGGGAAGGCACCCGUACCUUCUCCUUCCCAGAGACUGUGUUCACCACCGUCACGGCAUAUCAGAACCAACAGAUUACAAGGCUGAAAAUUGACAGGAACCCAUUUGCCAAAGGCUUCAGAGACUCUGGCAGAAACCGGAUGGGUUUGGAGGCCUUGGUUGAGUCUUACGCAUUCUGGCGUCCAUCUCUACGGACACUCACAUUCGAGGACAUCCCUGGUAUGACCAAGCAAGGAAUCCCAGGAGCUCAUGGAGUUGGAGCACCAUCUCACCUGCUCUCCACGUCCCCGUGCUCCUCUCCUUUCCAGGUUUGCCCACUCAGCCCACCUGACUACACCUGUAGCCGGUCCACACACCCCCUCCACCGUUACAGCAACCCUCCAGAGCCUUUCCCCCCUUCCAGAGGCCCGUCUGCGUAUGAGGGUGAAGGAUUCUGUUCCCUGCCUCUUCCUGCUUCUCAACUUGGCUAUCUAUCAAAUCCCACCGCGCAGGGUUACGCUGGUCUUCGCCUCCACACGCCGCCCUACAGCCUGUACGGUUACACAUUCCCCCCUUCACCGCGCCUUGCUGCCAGCCCCGACAAAAUGGGGGCCGCUGCCACUGCCAGUCAUCAGAGUCCCUUCCUUGGCUCGUCUCCCAGUGGGACUUUAACAGACAGUCUGGGUGUGCUCAGUGGAGGACAGCAGGGCUUCUUGUUCGACUCUCGGACUUUAGGACUGACAGGUAGCCAGCCGGGAGGUGGCGCCUCACAGGUCACUGCCCACAUGGGCUGAAUUUGACUCUGACUCUUCUGAGUUGUCACAAUAACAAAAUGACACCCUGGAAUGGGUGUAAGUUGUUUUUAGUUCAGAACGUUCUAUGAAUUAAUUUCCAUGUGCUGAGCAAGCACCAUGCUGACCCGUGGACAAACAGGGAAGAGGGACAGAUCAAGCCAUUGCUUCUCUGAGCAUGAGCUGGUCAAAGCUGUGCCCAAAGGGAAUAUUUCUUAUCUUUCGAGCAUUAUUUCUAUGACACGCAAAUCCAGCUGCACUGGGCCCGAAAGGAACAAAAGUUUUUGGAGGAGGAGUCAAGACCAUAUAACCACUCUGACUCAACCGGAGCUGAAUUUGGUCUGGGCUGAAACUGGGCUGGCCCAGACAAUCAAAGCAAGCACUUCAACCACUGGCAGGAGCCCCAGAAGCAGAAACUAUGAUCCUCACACAGCGUUUUUCACUGCCUCCACGAUCUUACCUACCCUGAGCUACUCAACAAUAGUUUUAAACUUGUAAACAUUUUCUCAUUACAAACCGUUUCAUAACUCAGGCUUAAAAACAGGCAACAUGCGAGGCCUGACACAUAUUAACAUGAUGACAUCAUGGCCGCGAGAGACCACUGGAGAUAUCCCGGUGGCAAUUAUGGACUGACGAGGUUAAGGCUGUGGGAGACUGAUCUACAUAUUCUACUUCUGAGAUUACAGGCGUUUACUUGAUGCAGCUGUUUGGAUGUCAGGCUGAAGUCUUUCUUUGUGUGAUGGAGAUGUAAUGGUACAUGACUCUGUAUAUAGCGGGGGAGGGGCGGGACGGGAGGAGAGUGAUGUGUAUAUAAAGGGCCGUGUGACCCUUCGCACUUAAAAACCCCAAUGCACCUGCUUCUGCUCUUUAGACUGGGUCAGGUAUGCCUAACCUGAACUUGACCGAAAAGCUUUUCUUAGCAAACUCACUAUAUCAGCAAGCCCUUUGGCCAGAGGACGUUAACAUGUUUGGUGACCCUUUUGAGCCAAAUAAAAUCUAUGUAUUCAUGUCA